AGACGGUGGCCGCCGCCGCUCCCGCCGCCUCUCUGCGCCGCUUCCUCCUCCUCCGCCGCGGCUGCGAUGUGACUCUCCUCUCCUUUUUCGGCCCGCCUCAGCUGCGCGGCGAAGAUGGCGGAGGAGGGUCGGCAACAUCUGAUGACCAUGAAUUUGACCCAACGGCUGACAUGCUGGUUCAUGAUUUUGAUGAUGAAAGAACAUUAGAAGAGGAAGAAAUGAUGGAAGGUGAAACAAACUUCAAUUCUGAGAUUGAAGAUCUUACCAGGGAAGGUGAUAUGCCAAUUCAUGAACUACUUAGCCUUUAUGGCUAUGAUGGUACUGUACCGCUACCAGAAGAAGAGGAAGAGGAGGAGGAGGAGGAGGAGGGUGAGGGUGAAGAUAAUGAUGACAACAGUGGCUUCAGUGGAGAAAAUAAAGAGGAGCCCAUAAAGGAUUCAUCUGGUCAGGAGGAUGAAACCCAGUCCUCCAAUGAUGACCCUGCACCAUCUGUUGUACAGGAGAUAAUUCGACCACGUCGGUGUAAAUACUUUGAUGCAAAUAGUGAAAUAGAAGAGGAAUCUGAAGAAGACGAAGAUUAUAUCCCUUCAGAAGACUGGAAAAAGGAAAUUAUGGUGGGUUCCAUGUUUCAAGCCGAAAUUCCAGCUGGAAUAUCUAAAUACAAAGAGAAUGAGAGAGUAUAUGAAAAUGAUGACCAGUUGCUGUGGAAUCCUGAUUACUUGACUGAAGAGAAAGUGAUUGAAUUCCUCAAUGAAGCUUCCAGACGAACUGGUGAUGAGAGAGGAAUAGAUGCAAUUCCUGAAGGAUCUCAUAUUAAAGACAAUGAACAGGCCUUGUAUGAAUUAGUAAAAUGCAAUUUUGAUACAGAAGAAGCACUGAGAAGAUUAAGAUUUAAUGUGAAAGCAGCUCGAGAAGAGCUAUCUGUCUGGACAGAAGAAGAAUGUAGAAAUUUUGAACAAGGUUUGAAGGCCUAUGGAAAGGAUUUUCACUUGAUACAAGCAAACAAGGUACGAACAAGAUCUGUUGGUGAAUGUGUAGCAUUUUAUUACAUGUGGAAAAAAUCAGAACGAUACGACUUCUUUGCUCAGCAAACACGAUUUGGUAAAAAGAAGUACAAUCUGCAUCCAGGUGUAACGGAUUACAUGGACCGCCUGUUAGAUGAAAGUGAAAGCGCCGCAUCCAGCCGGGCUCCCUCCCCUCCACCCACAACUUCUAACAGCAGUACCAGCCAUUCAGAAAGAGAAGAUAGUACAGCCAGCAACAGUAAUCAAAAUGGUAUAUCUACUAAUGGACCUGGUGAAUUAUGCAGUAAAGAAGAAGUGAAAAUUGAAGGAUUGCACAUGAAUGGACCAACAACUGGCAAAAAAAUGCCACUUGGGGAUUUUGAUACAAAUGGUUAUGAAAUGGAAGAUAUUUCCAAUCAUUCAAAACUUGCUCUUUCAAAUACAAGGAAUGAAAAUGAUUUUGAGGGAAAAAAUGAAAGGCCUGGGAAAAGGAGAAGAGUCAGCAGUAAUGGAAAGGAGAGUCCAGGAUCCUCAGAAAUUUUCCAAGAACCAGGGGCUCAUGGAAAGUUUGAAGAACAGGAGACUGUGGAUGACUGAGUGUUUGGUUUUAUUUCUUUGAGUAAUUUCUUGGGUGUCUGAAAUUUUCAGGUUUCAUAGGUUACCUUACUGAUUCAAAUUCUCUUAUGUUAAUCCUGUUGAAAUUUUGAAUACAUUUUCAUUGCUUCUGAAUUCUGGUGGAAUGAAGUUACAGUAUGCUUUUUUAAAAUCUUGUAGUGCAGAUGCAGUGAAUUGGAGAAUGCUCUGUUGAACAGAGCUUUCUGCUUAGUCUUGUGAAGGAAACAUCUGAUAUACAUGGUGUUCUCUGUAGAUCGCCUUCAAAGCACUAAACUAUUCAAAUAUUGUUUGAGAUUUUUAAGAUCAUGUAUGAAAAGGUAACAAUUCAUAAAGCUGAAGCAAGUAGCUGUAGAGAUUUUUUUUCCUGUCCACAGGAAGAGAAGCUGUCAGAUGAUUAAGGAAUACCUGUAAAUCCUGAAAGUUGUGUAUGAAAAACUAUUUUUAUAUAUAUAUAGAAAUAUUUAAAAAUAAACCAAGUCAGGUUUGUAUAUGUAAAAUUGUUGACAUCAGUGAUGUCUUUUCAUAUUCUUAUCUGGAUAUAAAAAUACAUUCCGUAUUUUUCCAGAUUCUUUGUAGCCUUUGAAAGAUUUUUACAUACUUACAUCAUGAUUGAGGUGUCAUUUCUAAAAACAAGAGUGUAAUUUUCAUGACUUGUACAGUAUGGUAAACUUUUAUGAGAUCUUCAGAAGAGUCUGUCAGCUUCAUUUUAUUUUGCUAAAGCUUUUUUAUUAAAAGUAAUCAAAUCAUGUUUCAGAAAGCAGUAAAAAUGUUAAAUAUUUAAAAUUAACACCCAGUUAGGAAUACUGAAAACGUCUCUUGGGAUAAAUGACUUGGAGUUUUAGAGUUAGGCAUGAUGCUUUGAUUGCACAAGUGUUCUUGCUUUUUAAAAAAAUCCAAAUUUAUUUUUUAUGAUAACAGAACCUUAAAAUCAGCUAAAUGCUUUAAUGUGGCUAAAUCUUGUUAGCCAAAUUCAAACAUCACAUUAUUAUUUUUACAUUUCAGUGAGCACAGUAAAUUUAGGAAAUUGGUCAAAUGGUUCUGACUGCCUUGAUAAGGAACAAAUGCACAGUUUGUAGCCAGCGCUUGAACUAGUAUCCAAGGAAAUUUACUGGGAUUCAUGCUGCUUCUUGGGAAACAGAAUAGUCUUGUGAAUAGUCAUUAUUUCAUAUGUGAAUGCGCGCACACACACACACACACACACACACACACGAAUCUGCAGUAGUAUAAGGACUGGUAAUAUGUUCAGUUUUUUAAAAGGAAUUUGUUAGAAAAAUUUGAAAAUGUGCUUCGGCAUAUCCUCCAUGAUGGAGGUUUACAGCAACAGUUCCCUGAUAGCUUCAUACAGCCAUGUAAAGCGACUAAUAAGAAUAUUGCUUUUGUGUUGAAUCAAAUACUUUAAGUAAUCUAGCUGUCCCAGGGUUUGCUUUAAAAGUUCUGGCCACUCUGUUUCAAGUUGGUCUAAUUAUUAUGAUGGACUUGGCAAAAUAUUUAGUCAUUCAGCAUAUUUGGUCCUUGAUUAUGAAUCCCAAAUAGCUUUUUUAAGGUCAUCUGAUAUAAUUUCAUUGUAGACAUCACUGGAAUUAUUUAAAGAUUAAUUUAGCCCCCGUUUCCAUGAAAUGUUAUGGGUGAAUUCUGUAAAUUCACAAUACAGGGCUUAUAUUUAUUAUGUCCACAGCUUAAUAGCAGCGUAUUUCAGUUAAGUGUCAUUUGCAGAUGUAUAGAUUAAAUUCUUACUCUUGUAAAUCCCACUGCUUUAGGGAGCUCCAUGGUUGACAAAUUCCAGUUUUAUUAGUAUGGGAAUCCAAAGUUUUCAAUAGCCUUGUAUCAACAAUUGUCUUCAGAAAAUGUUUCAGAGCAAGGCAGUGCAAUGCUUUUAGAAAUCUUUGCAACCUAUUUUUCUGUUAAUUAUCUAUAUAUUUUGCAAGUUGGAGAUGACUGCAAAACAGUCCAUAGGAAAGUUUUUACGUAUAUUGUUCUCAGGCUUAUAAGUAAAAUAUAGCACUGUGUACAUGUUCAGAAAUUUUACUUGGAUCUUUAACCUUACCUUUAAAGGUAUGCCUAAGAAAAGUCCUGACAUUCCGUAAUCAAUAUGUAAUGCUCAGCUGUUCUUUAAGUAUUUAAUUGUAAUGUGCAUUUUCUUUAUGCAGGUGUUUAUAUACAAUAUUUUAUGUUCUUUAAAAAUGCGGCCACUAUAACUUGAUAAGACAUUGCACUAGUAGUACUAUUUAAAAGUCUAGUAAUAUAGUAACCUGUUCAAGAAACUUUCAAUACAGUUUGGAACAAAUUAAAAACUUCCACUUGUUUCCAAAUUGGAUUGAAUGUCAGUGCAGCUUGUGUACAGUACUUGUAUAUUUUUAAGCACUGUUGUGUCCAACUGGACAGUAUGUCCUGAUCCAUGAAGUGCAUUGUGUGCAGUCUGGUUCAAACCUUCAAUUCAACAGGUCUAACUGUUGGGCUUUAUAAAUGGUUGAAAGUGAUAUUUUGAACGAAGUUUUAAAAUUUGCAAAUUAGUUUUUAUAAAUUUUUCACAUAGUACUUUUGCACUGUUGGUAAUCCCUGUGACUCUUCCCUAGCUCCCUGUCUGCAAUUCUGGAAAAGCUUAUUAAAGUAUUUUUUUAAACAUAUGCUUAUAUAAAUACAAUUGUUGAAUAUUUUAA